AUAAGGCGGGUGUUUCUGAACUGCGCUUGGUAUACUGCUCUAUGCACACAAUCCACAUAACCGAAACAGUCACUGUGAAUGUUUUAUUCGCACUGAUGCUCCAAUGAUGAUGACCGGCUAGACAUCCACAUCUGUGAAGCAUCAAGGAACCAUGAGCGAACCCACGAUGCGUUUUCAACUCAAGAAAUUCAAGCAGAUAUUUCUGCUGUGUGCCGUCAUGAUUGUCGUGUAUGUCAUGACUGUGGGAAUCGACACUGCAAUCGACUGUUACCAGUUCUGUCUUGGAGAGAAAUGCUUCAGUUCCCGUCUGACCAUACUCGUUUACCGGAAAGAUGUCAGUCCAAAGGAUAUGGAUUUUCUCCAAAACUUUCGCCCAAACGUCGGCGUCUACAAGUACGCCGCCGAUCACCUGUCGGGACAAUUUGACUCAGAGUCUUGCUCCAUGGAAGACCACUUUUCUCAGUUCACCACCCUCCCAGCACAGAACAACUGCGCCAUCAUUGGCAACAGUGGAGUCCUUCUUCACAGUAGCUGUGGGAGGGAAAUCAACUCGUACGACUACGUGAUUCGGGUCAACCUUCCACCCUUGAGAGGCUACGAAGACGACGUGGGUUUCAAGACCAACCUGACCCUCCUCAACUUUGAGACCCUCGUCUACCUGCACAGCAAUCUCACCCAGCGGAAACUCGGGGAGGAGUUCUAUGACAUGUACGUGAACAGGGUCUUGUUCCUGAACGACUCCGUGCUGUGGUACGGGAAGUCCAUGGGUCCUAGAGAGACCAGGAAGCGACUUCAGCAGUCAGUGGAGAUACUGAAGACGACCUACCAGUUGCCUAUCCAAAUUGGCUUCAACUGGAGACCGCUGCAUCCAGAGAAGUUUGUGGGCAUGAAGCGCCUUGCUACGUCUGGCUUCAUGGCAUAUUACCUGGCCAAGUCGUUAUGUAAGAGCGUCACGCUCUACGGAUUUUAUCCCUACAACAAGGACGCGAGAGGUUUCCAUAUGCCCCAUCACUACUACGAAGAUGUUCCCUACGACUACAACAACCCCAUCCAUAACCUCUUGUGGGAGUUCAAGAAGUAUCGGGAGUACGAGACGGAGGGCCAGCUGCGUAUGGUGACCGAGAAGUGCGCUGACGUGGAGGACGAUACGAGAUGGAAAAACGAGGACCAUGAAAAGCCAAUCGGGGACUUACUGUGGUUUAAGAACCAGAAGCCAUGAAUUUCUUUAGGACCAACCAAAAGCACCGGGCCUUAAAUAUCAACAGAGGAAAAAAAAACCCAAAAAGCACCAUCCUAGACAACUCUGAAAUAAUCCAGGAAAAUGGGAAGUGAACGCUUGAAUGCAAAAGGAAAAAAGGUGAAGGUGUCUUCUCGCAGUGUAAUUUCUUCCGUUCAUUUCUGUUCUUUAUAGUUUUUAGCUUACACCUUGCAUGGUUCAUGGCCUUGUGUUUGGGUGAUAAAAAAACCCAGAAGUACAUGUAAUUGGGAAGACUACAACUGGUUACAUGUUCAUGUACAUGGAUUCAGUUUUAUUACUCAUAAUUAUUGCUGUGUACAAUGAAUAAAAAAAAGAGUACAAUCCAUGUGUUUUAGAUCAAAUUUUGUUAUGCAGCAGAGAGAUACAUGUCUCAUGGUCUACAAGCUCUUUCAACGUCAUGUUGGCUGGCCAGUCGGUUGUGCAAAUACUUUCCACA